GAAACUAAAGGAACAGCGGAGAAAAGUCUCCCGUUGCGAGGAAAACAACAGGGCGAGCGCGGAUGUGUCGGCCAGCGAGUGGGAGGGAAAGGAAAGGGAAACCGUGCGAGUUGUCCUUUCUCGCAAAUGAAAGUUACAUUGGACGCCAGGGGGCUAUAAAAGCUGGAGCUUUGACGCUUGCUUGUCAGUCGACGCGAGACGCUUCUUCACGAUGGCUUACACCGUGGUUUUCUUUGAUUUGGAGACAACUGGAUUGGACACUGAAAAGUGUGACAUCAUCCAGAUAGCAGCCGUCUGUGGCAAGCGAGCCUUCGACGCCUACGUCGUACCCCGCUGCGCCAUCACCAAGGAGGCCAACAGGGUCACGGGCUUCUCCGUGGUGGACGGCAAUCUCUUCCGCCACGGGGUGGCCGUGCCCACCAUGCCACUCCACCAAGCUCUGACCUCCUUCAUCGAGUUUGUGGGCUAUUUCUGCGGGCCCGUGUACCUGGCGGCCCACAACGCCAACCGCUUUGAUGCCCCUGUCCUUGACAGGGUGCUGAGGGAGUUCUCCCUGCUGCAGGAGUUCCAGAGGGCCAUGUCCAACUACCUGGACACCUUCCUGCUCUCCAAGAGGAUGUUCACCAAUUUCUACAGCUACUCCUUACAGUAUCUGGCGGAGCACUUCCUGGAGAAGACCUACGACGCUCACAACGCGCUGGAGGAUGCUAAGAUCCUGCAGGAGCUCUUUAGUGUAUGGAAGCCGGGCAGGAAUGCCGUGUUCAAGUCCUUGGUCUAGAGCACUUCUCAAACCUAAAGUAAAGCCUGGAGGCCAGAUCUGGCCUGCCACAUCAUUUCUUUUUUUUAAAGCUAAUCAAGUGUCUCUGCUUAAUAUUUCCUGCUGAAUGGAUUUGUUCUUUUCACUUUGACAGAAAAUCUGUACCAUAAUCACAUUUUUUCUUGACUUUUUACAGAUAUGACAAGUAUUUUAUUUCCUCACCAAAUCCAUUCUGAACAUAAAUUGAACAAUAGUACUGAUAUUUGCUUGUCACUAUUUUCAAUGACUUCUGAUUUCAAACUCAGUUUGUUUCAAACAAAUAUUUGUAACAACUAUGAAAUGUAGGGGCAAUUGUGUAUCUGUAAUAUUAUGAUGAAGUGACAAUACAUUUAUAUGAUUUUUGCAGUCAUAAUGGCCCUCCGAGGGAAACCAUAACUACGAUGUGGCCCAUGAGCAAAAUGGGCUUAAUAUGGGCUGACCUAGAGCCCACCGCAGGCCAGAUUGGUGUAGUUCUUGCCCCCCACUCUUCAUCAUAUAAUUACAUUGUGGCUCACUAGUUUAUUUCCAGGGUUCUGUGGACCAAAUAGAGCACUGGUGUCACGCUCAAGGCCCGUGGGCCAAAUCCAGCCUUCCACAUCAUUUUUAUGCAGCCUGCAAAAUCUUAUCACAGUUUUUUUCCCUGUUCAAAACUAGCCAUAAUAAUGAUAAUGAUCAAAUGCAGGAGGAAUUAUGUGGUACGAUUGGACAAUUAUUGGGGUUCCCAUAUGGGAAACAGUUUGAUGAGCAGCUCCUUGCUAGUGUCCGUCCGCCAUCGCUAGCGAUGUGGUUUUGGCCGAAUGUCAACCUUGUUAACUCAUUUGAAAAGACUCACGCUUGUUGAUGUUUCAUUCAGACGACAUUAAAUCUGUCCGUGUCGACACAAAACACAAGCAGUUACCUGUCAUUUUCUUCCUAUGCUGUACUGAAUCUAACCCCAACUGUAAUUGAAUUGUAUUCAACUGAGUUUUGGCAUAACUGUCACAUCCCCAGCGAUUAAAUGUGGUUUCACCGUUAUAAACUCCCCCAACCACCCGACCCCGAGGGCAACCGUAACUAAGAUGUUGCCAACGCACCUUGAGCUUUUGACACCAGUGAUGUAGGGAAAAGACUGUGCUGUACAGUACACCUUCAUGUGAAUGACAGAAAACAUUUGAUAGCACUAAAACAGAUAUUUGAAAGAUUGAAUAUAUGAAAGCAAUUUUUAUACUCGUCUGUGAAAAGAUUUUAAAAAAUGUUGCUGGAACAUGCACUUUUUUCAAAGAUGAAGUCAUUUUGUACUCGUAUCAUUUUUAUUAGUCGAGGAUGCUGGUCUGAGUGUGUGUGUGCAUGUGUGUUUGCACUGAAAAACUCCAUAUGAAUUUCAACAACAUAGAAACCACUUAAUUUUGGUCCAUACCCGGGUAACGGUGCAAAUCCCGGAUUUGACCUUUCUACAAUUUGAUUUAGCAUUAUCCUCAUAAAAUGAGAUGCUUUCUUUUGUGUUUUAAUUGUGAAAUUGACUGCAAAUAUAUAUAUUUUUAUUAUAUCAUUAAAAUGCUUUUAACUGA